CUUUCCGACUUACCGCCAUUUUUACUCAUCGAUUGAGGUUAUCUCAUAUUAUGAUACAUCCUGUAGCAAUCACGUUCCAUUUUAUUUACGGACACCGACAAAACCAUAAACCCUCGAUAGGAAUCGUUUGGCAAAGCAAAAUAUCAUUGCAUAGCGAAAACAAUUCUGUUUGCAUAUCUCGCUUAUGAAAGGAAAACAUUUUCCGCGUUUGAAUCGCUGUUUCAAUUUACCCAGUUCGAGAUUUAUCGAUAAAUGUGUUCGAGUUCGUCUUCGCGCAAAUGAAUCUUAAACAUUCAUCUGAAGAGGAUAAUUGCAAUCGUGAUUUGCUAAAUCGUUCCUUUCAAACGUACUGACUUCAUUGUUUGUUACGUAAAUUGGGAAAAACGUAAAUAAUUAGAGGACCAUCGAAAAUCAGAAUAUUCCAAAACAAGUAACAGAAACGUUUCUUUAAAAAAACAUUAAGAAACGAAGAAGCAAUAUUUGCGUUGAAAAAAAAGUUUUACACAAAAUAAAGAAAUAUUGAUAAAGAAGAAUAUCGCAAACGAUCGACAUGCAUCUGAAGACAUUUUCCACAUUCAUCUCAGCGAAAAGGUGAUUAACACUUUCUCGUAUUCCCACAUUUGUGGGAGAAAGAUCGAGGAUGGAGCUAAACGUGUUUGUCAUCUGUAUUGGGAGUCUGAUGAUAGCAUCGAUAGCCCUAAUCGACACUAUAAACGCAAACCCAACGUACUACGUGAAACCCAUCGAGGACGAGAACAAUUACGCUGAAGUCCUGGAGCUUUCGCUUUUGUUUUACGAAGCACAGCGGUCGGGAAAGCUGCCAAGGGACAAUCGAAUCCCAUGGAGAGGAGAUUCAGCACUGAACGAUCGUGGUUUGAACGGGGAGGAUCUGACUGGAGGCUAUUAUGAUGCUGGUGACUUCGUAAAGUUCGGCUUUACAAUGGCUUCAACGACCACCCUUUUGGCGUGGGGUGCGGUCAGUUGGCCAGAAGCUUACAACGCAGCUGGUCAACUUGAUGAACUUCGCAAAGCCAUCAAAUGGGCCACUGAUUACUUCAUCAAGUGCCAUGUAAGCGAAUACGUCUUCUACGGACAAGUCGGGGAUUUCUCUUUGGAUCACACCUUCUGGGGAAGACCCGAGGAACUCAACACCACUCGACCUGCCUACAAAAUUGAUGCUGAACAUCCUGGUUCUGAUCUGGCAGGCGAAACGGCAGCCGCUCUCGCGGCCUCCAGCAUCGUUUUUCGCAACCAGGACCCCGAAUACAGUGCCAAAUGCUUAAAGCACGCCAAAGAAUUAUAUAAAUUCGCUGACAAAUAUCGUGGAUUAUAUCAUGAAGCAAUUCGUGGAGCAGCUCAAUAUUACGAGAGCACAGAUUACGGUGACGAAUUGGCUUGGGCCGCCGCGUGGCUCUUCAAAGCAACUAAUGAAACGGUUUAUCUUGAAGAUGCUAAACAUCAUUAUCAACAAUUCCAUCUUGACGAGAGACCAAACGAAUUCUUUUAUAACAAAAAAGUCGCUGGGGUGCAGGUUUUACUGGCACAGUUAACAGGCCAGCCAGAAUAUCAGAAAGCAGCACGUGCUUUUUGCGAUUUCUCGGUGCACGAGCAAAAACGAACAUCGAAAGGAUUACUGUAUAUCGACAAAUUCGGCACUCUGUGCCAUGCAGCAAAUAUCGCGUUCGUUUGCCUGGAAGCAGCCGAUUUGCCGAAUAUUGGAGAUCCGCAAGUGUAUCGCGAAUUUGCCGAGCAACAAAUUUAUUAUAUGCUCGGCGGUGGUGGAAGGAGCUACGUUGUCGGUUGGGGUCGAAAUCCACCGAAACAGCCACAUCACGCUGCUUCUUCCUGUCCGAAUAAGCCAGCUGUCUGCGGAUGGUCCGAGUUCGACAAGGAUGCCCCGAAUCCUCAGAUUCUUUACGGGGCUUUGGUUUCCGGACCUGACGAAGCGGACAAAUUCCACGACCACAGAGAAGAUUACGUGUACACGGAAGUCACGUUGGAUUAUAAUGCCGGUUUUACGAGCGCACUCGCCGGACUCUUGCAACUGCGAGUGAAAAGCAUCGCGUAACUCGCGAUGACAGAUUGUUAUGUUGAUGCUAUCCUUUGCAUUUUUCAUCGCCGAAUUUCUACGGAGAGUUAUUGUACGAAAGGUUGUAUUAGCUGUGAAAUGGAAAUUUUGAGAUACUGAGAAAGUUUCAUGGAAGUUUAAUGAUUUGUGGAACUUUGAGUGAGACUUUAGUGAGAGCUGUCGAUAAUGUUGAGAUGGAAAGUAAUUGAAGAAGUGAACUACGGGAAGAGGCUGAUUUAAUUAACAUGGUUGAACUUUUAGAUUUUAUAAAAAUUUUGUAUUUACGGAAUGACGUGAUAUAAUUUUUAUUUUGUUUUCGGUACUGAUUUUUAAUUAUUGUUGUAAAUCACGGGAUUUCUUCGAAAUUAUGUUAUGACUUUGUGGAAAAAGUAUCUAGUCCGUACAACGUGUCGUGAUUUUGGUUUUUUGAUUCGAUUCUAAAAUGUACAUAUCGUUUUAAGUUUAAGAGCGGGUAUGGUUUAACUGAGCGAAAAAUUCGUUCAAUUAAUGUAAUUAGCGUCGAACCAUUAUUAAAUUAAUUAUUAUUCUUCAAUAAAGUUUGAAAUAAAAGAUAUUU